CACAUAUUAUAUAGAUCGACCGUAGUGGUCCAGUGGAGACACCGUUAGACCACGAAACCAAUAGCCGUGAGCUUGAUCCCUCACUUCUACAACUAAAAUUUACAAAUCUGUAGCUUUCUUUAUUGUUUGCACUGUAUACAAUAUAUAUAUUUUUUGUUGUAUUUUUUUUUUGUCUGUGGUGUUUUUUUUGUCUGUUUUCUCGUUUGCUCUCUUUUGCACCAUAUAAAAGGGGUAUUGAAUCUGUACAGUUAUAUAUAUGUUAUAUUGAAUGAUAAUUACAUGUAGUUCCUUGUUAAGUCGUCCUUAAUUAUGAAACAAGUUACGUGUGUUUGUUUAUGGAGUCAUAAUGCUUGGCUAUACCAACAAAAUGGUGUAAACAUAUCACUUCUUAAACUUGUGAAACAGCACUAAAAUAAUCAGACGGCGAAAUUUUGGGCCUACUUUUCUGAUAAACAAAAAUAUCCUAAAGUCAUACAAUUGUUUUUGUAAACGCGAGUAUAUUAAAACGAUAACAAUAUUCAGUCGUAAUACAAUGUACGUAGGUUUCCUAAUCUAAUCAAAAAUUCUAAAUAUAGAUCCGCUCCGGAUUUGAGAUAUGCAUGCGCAAUCUAAAAUAGACUUUGGUACAAUGUGUACAUUUGUGAUUUCUGACAAGCAUGGCGGAAAUGAGCCCAGGAGUAAACUUUUAGAAAGCUGAAAAUAAAAAGGUUCCAAUCCAAUAUCGGGAUGGCACAUCAACUUCACUUAAAGAAGGAAAAGUACAGACAAUGGGUGAAGGCCGGACUUGGCUUGGGAUACUUAAAAGAAGGACUAGUGCCAUUUUGUGACGACGUCACUAAACAACAGCAUGAAGACAUUUUAGAUAAGAUUAAACAGACAAAGAAUCUACCGACUGUGACAUGUGGUCAGUGUUCUUGGAGAAAUCUCAGACCUGACCAUUUAAAAAUAGGAAAGAAUCAAUGUUCUUUGGGCCAAGCUAAUUGUAACUGCUGCUACACGAGUGGUAAAAUUCCUUGUCCAAACAACGUAUGUGGUGCCAUCUAUGACAACAUUAUAACUAACCAUGCGUCCAAACCACCGGCUCCUAACUGGAAAAACACCCAAUCUCAGCAGUGGACUGGAGAUCCGUGGAGUAUAGCUAAAUGUUUCAUCAACGCCUCUGGAUAUGACCUGAAGACAUCAGCAGCCGACAUCGACUGCACGGGAUUACUGCAUGUGAUUAUCAACAACAAAUACUUUCAUAAUCACAUUCAGAGUAAUUUAGCUGGAGCUAAUGUAUUUUCAAAGGUGAGACAAUACAGAAACGAGAUUUUCCACUCGAGCACCAUGGAAUUAGAAGAGGCAGAUGCAAAUACUUACAUAGAUGAUAUGAUUGCUGUGCUACAAGAUGGUAAGGAACUGAACAACCGAAAAGAUGCUCAGGACGCUGUAAAGAAACUUAAAGAGCUGAAGAAUGAAGAUUUCAUCGUAACUACUGAAAAUACGGAGAACGUUCUCGAUGAAAUUAGGAAUGUGAGAAAAUCAACAGAGAGUUUAGCUACUAAGGACGACUGUGGGAAUCUCAAAAGGAGCAUUUCUGCACUGGGAUCUCAUAUGUCUGAAGAAAUGGAGGAGAUGAAAAGGCUCAAGACAGACGGUUCUUCUCAAAAGGAACAAUCUGAUUACGAAAAGUCCAAAUUAGAGUUACAGACAAUGUUGAUAGAAUAUUACAAAGAAGAUAUACUACGCAUGUCUGCAAUUCCGCUUCAACAAGAGGGUAAUCUGUGUAACGUUAAAGAUGUAUACGUUAGACCACGAAUGACGAUUGAAUCAAAAGGCAACAAAGGAUCAGAGGAGGCUGUUGUACUAUCAAUGUCUGAUGUUUUUACAAAAGACGGCAAAGCAAUCAAAUCCAUCUACGUCCUCGGAGAAGCGGGGUCUGGUAAAAGUAGUUUCUGUAAAAGUUUGGUAAAUUACUGGUGUUUGGCUCAUUCUGACGAAGGCGAAAGUAUUGAAGAUGAGCUCAGUGGGGUCAAGGAAAUGAAUAAAUUUAAAUUUUUGUUUCACCUUCCUCUCCGUCAUCAUACAGAUAAGAUGAAAAUCAAAGAAAUGCUGGAGGAAAAGUACGAGCAUCCUGUUCUUAAGAAGCUUCUUGAAUGUGAGUCUCGAACCUGUCUCGUUGUCCUUGAUGGUCUUGAUGAAUGGGCUCAUCCAGCGUCAAAACGCCCUCCAGAACGCGGCUCAUUGAAGGAAUAUACCGUCAUAACUACGUCACGACCAUGGAAAAUUGCAACGUUAGGAAUAAAUGAUAACGAGAUACGACAUAAGAUUAUUCUUAAAGGGUUUGUUGAUAAAACAUCUGUAAAGAACAUGAUUGAAAAUACGGUUCGAAUAUUAAAUAAAACGUUUAAAAAAGACAAAGUUUCAAGUAUCUGUGAAAAGACUCUUGAAAACAUAUCAGUGACAAGUCUAAAGCAUACAGCGAUUACGCUGCAGCAAUUGAUUUGCCUGUGGUUUGACGACAAACUUCGUGGUAAACCCCCCUCCAGAUGUGCCUUAUACACGGAAAUGCUUGACCUGUUCUUUGACUGGAACAAGAAGAAAUACCCCGACGAUCCCCUAUUUGCAGAAAUGAUGAAAAAAUCAGAAGAGCUGAAGAAUCUAGAACUUCCUCGCUGUUUAAUAAAUACUGAAGUCUGUAAAUCAUAUAGUUAUAUCAUUCAUGACGUAUCACGGCUGGCUUAUGAAACACUGUUCAAUAACACGAGAGAAACAUCUUUGUCAUUUGAUAGUUCUACUUUUGAACGUCUGAAAAUAUCAAAUGAAGUGAAAUCAUGUUGUUUGAAAUUGGGAAUCUUAUCUGAAGAUAAAAGUUUAAGUUUAUUUGCAAGUAGAAGUAGAAGGUCAGUAAUUUCAUUUGUUCACAAGUCAUUUCAAGAAUAUUUGGCUGCUAUAUAUAUUGCUAUCCGUUUUGAAGAACUUGUUGCGCUGCCGGUAGAUUCGGGACAAGUAGAUUUGCCUGGCCUUUGUUCACAACAAAUUAGAGAUGUUUUCAGUGAGUGCACGACUUUGGAUAAAAUAUUAGAACAAGCUAAUGUAUUUAUUAUGCUAUGUGGUCUAGAGCCUCGAAUCGCUACAUCAAUUUCAAAGUAUAUAUACGAUAUUGUUACAAGGGACAAAUGUGUUCUAGAUUACAGAAGAACAAUAAGUGAUAGACAUAAAGGUCUUAUAUUAGAUAUCCAGGAAUGUAUUUUAAACUGUACAGAAGAAGUGCAAGCAUGUGAAACUCUUAUACAAUCUGACUUUUAUCUAGGUGACAUUUUCGUGAUGAGUAUGUUAAAUAGCGAUCAUUUCUGUACAAUUUUUGAGAAUCAGUUUAUUUCUCCUGACAGUGUCAUUUCGUUUAGAAUUAAGAUAUUGUACAUGGAAAAGUAUCUUAAGAGAGUAUGGAAAUAUUUGAAGAAAUGUAGGCGACUAGAAGCAAUGCACAUUGAUUUCAGUAGGAGCAGUGAAAUUGAUAUUGAAGGUAUCAAUUAUAUCUGUAAUGCAAUUGAAGGUAAUACUUCAACAUUGAAAGCACUGUAUGUAGUUGGUAUGAAACGUAUAUGUAGAACAGUAGUCCGUCGUCUGCCUGAUAUGAAUCAUCUUGUUGCAUUGCAGAUAGAAAAUCUUAAAAUUACUCAUGAAGACUUGAUCUCACUAUGCACUUUCCUGUCAGAUAACAGUCGUCUUGAACAGAUAUCGAUUUGCGAUACACGCUGUACUGGCUGUGAGUUCCAGUGCUGGGACCAGCAUGAAGUAGAUUUAUCUGAGCAUCAACAACUUCAGUACCUAAAGUACGAUAACUCUGUCACUGUGACUUGUGUUAACGUUUCUAAGCUAGAAAUAUUUAAUUGUUUAUCAUUGAAGAGCACAGACUUUGUAAAAGUAUUUGAUAUUCUUAGAACAGCUAACAAAUUAACAGAACUUUAUUUGAUGUAUGAUAUUAUUGGUUCAGACAAACAUCGUUCAUAUCAUACUGUAACAAACAAAUUGAUCACAUUGUUACCAUUACUGCUCCAGCUCCGUGAACUUACUUUAUGGGAUUUUACAUUAACUGACAAUAUAAUGAAAUUUCCCUCUGAGCUAAAGAGUAUGAAGAACAUUUAUUUUCAUGGUGUCAAAAUGAGCUUGACAGCAUGGCGGCAGUUUAUUGAUAGUGUUCCUCAAAUGCCGCUACCUGUAACGGUGGUAACAAGGAACAUGUGUAUUACACGAGAUGGGGAGGAAUAUGAACCUCGUAUACUCUGGAGAGUAGGUGGAGGAGUACAAGCGGCUGCACGGCAGUAUGUUAGAGACCAGAAGGUGCUGUUCAAUGUUGGAUAUGAACAUAAAGAUUUUAAUUCAAUUGAAUUUUCAACAAAGAAGUAAUAUUCAUCAGUAUAUUAGUAAAUCAAUACUGUUAUAAUACUGAUGACGACGGUUGUAAUGAGGAACGUGUGUAGAUAUACAAUUUCUUGCAUACCAGACGGGGAUUUCCGGUAUUUUUACCUGUGCUGGAAAAAUCCAUCUUACACUCCGGGGUGUAAGAUGACUGUCAUGAUGUAAGUGACGUAUUAGGAACUACAUAUAUUUAGAAGAUUUAUGUAGUAAUUUACAUUUUAUUUCAAAGAACGGAAAAAUCAUCCAAUACCUUGACAGUUUCUCUUUGUUGAGUAUAUUUCUCGAUUCAAAACACGUUAUUUUAUCGAAAAUUCAUAACGUUACGCUGUAACUGAUAAACCAAAACCGGAACUGAACAUUGUUAUUUGUCUUUGAAAUGUCUUGACAUCUUUCCUGUUUACGGACAUCGGUUUCACGCGCUCUGUUUAAAUACGCUGCUUUAAGAAACAGUUCUAAAAAAACGUUCAAUUGAUUUUAUUAUGUAUGAUUACUAUGGGCCGUAAUACAGAUGUUUCUCAGUUCGACUAUACGAAGUAUGGAGAGCUGUCCUACUCGACCAGGCGUCGGCGUCGGUGACGGCGUCUUUCCGCGUCCGUACCUUGGUUAAGGUUUCGAUGCACUUUCUCUUUAUCUGUGUAAUUACUUGAUGGAUUUAUUUCAAAAGCAGUUAUUCUUCAUCAUCAUCCACAUCAUAUUGCACAAGAGCCAUAACUCUCACACCAAUAUUUCAUGAAAUAUCCCCCCAUUUACUUAGAAUUUCAAGUUAAAGUUUUGAUACAAUUACGCUCUAUCUCAGUUAUUACUAAAUGGAUUUGAUCCAAACUUAAAAUAUUUUUUCUACAUCAUCACCCACAUCAUAUGACCCAAGGUCCAUAACUCUAGCAGCAAUUUUUCAUGUUUUAUGCCCUCCUUUUACUUAGAAUAUAAGGUUAAUUUUGAUGCAUUUCCACUUUAUCUCUGUUAUUACAGAGAGGAUUCGAUUCAAAUUUAAAAUAGUUAUUUCACAUCAUCACUCAUAUCAUAUGACACAAGGGUCAUAACUCUUGCAUCAAUAUUUCAUGAAUUAUCCCCUUUUUACUUCGAAUUUCAUGUUAAAGUUUUGGUACACUUUCACUCUGUCUCAGUUAUUACUAAAUGGAUUUAAUUUAAAAUUAAUGUCAUCACCCAUACCAUAUGAGACAAGGUGCAUCAAUCAUGCACCAAUAUUUCAGAAAUUAUCCCCGAAGGUUGGCAUAUUAAAAUCACACUGUCUGUCUGUGCGUCCAUGGAAAUUCUCUUCAGGGUUGUAACUUUGCCAUCCAUGAAUUUACUUGGCAUAAAUGUUUCCUAUAAUGAGACGAUGUGUCAUGCGCAAAAUUCAGACCCCUAGCUCUAAGGUCAAGGUCACACUUAGAAAUCAACGAUUAACAUGGCCUGUUUCUUUUCUAGUCCUUAUCUCUAACAUUUAUCAAAGGACUUGAAAAUGAUAUGACACAAAUGCUAACCAUAUUGAGAUGUAUUGCACUUAUGACCAGGGUUUCUCAAGCCGAGGGCAAGGUCACAAAGUGAUUCAUACCUAAACUAUUCUGGCAUAUUUUACGCAGACAACUUUAGCAUUCUUGGGCACGCUUAGGGGUAAUUUUCACCAAUAAUGACGACAGCUCUUGUUUAAUGUUUUGAUAUACUUAUCUUUAUCUCUCUUAUUACUUAAUACUUUUACACAGACUCGAGCUAUUGUCAAAUAUCUUCAUCCACAUUAGAGUCAUUAAACACUCCAGUGUCAGCUCCAGCUUCCUCAGAUGUGCCCAGUUUCACUAUUCAGUACGAAAUAGUCGAGCAUGCUGUCUCCUGUGACAGCUCUUGUAUUUUUUUUUUUUUUUUGCUAUUCCAUUUAAUUGUGUUUUUAGUUGUUUCUUUAUAUAUUAUAGUGAAAUAUGUAUUACACAGUAAUAAUUUAAAAUGUAUUUUAUACUGGUACUAAAUAGUAUUACAUUGGUUACAUGAAUAUGACAUGUAAAGGUAGAUAUUCGAUUGUCUUUUUUCAGCAAAGAAGUAAUAUCCGCCUACAUAAGAAAUCAGGGUUGUUUAAAUGAUGACUUUCUUUAAUUGUAUUGAUACAGUGACACUGUAUAUAAAGACUAUGCUUAAAAGUGAUGAAAAGUGCUCUUUAUUUAAAUGAUAAUAAAUAAUCUUAAAAUACCCUGUAGAUGUUAAAUUUAGAGUUUUAAUUAAAAAAAGAUCUUUUUACAGUUUACAUCCGUUUACAGUUAGUCUUUCAAACAGGUUUGACUGUAAUCAGUGUUUUAAAGUGUUAGUGUUUUAUAGGAAAGGUGAAAAUGAGAAGACAUGUACAGAUCUAUCUUUUAACAUUUGCUUUGCCAUUGUACAUUGUAUAAACAUUAUUGAACAUAAUUUAUUUCAAUUGCUAACUUUACAUUUACUUAACAGUUUAGUUAAUAACGUACGACUUUUAACAUGCAGUAGGAUAGCAACAGUUUGUCCUCUAAAACAAAUACAGUUGAACCUGUAUCAAGCAACCAGCCAAUGCUUAUGGCAGGUGGCCGUUGCUUCAGACAAGUGAGAAUUAGAACAGCUGGUAAGUUAGCCGAAUGGUUUAAAUGCAAACUUGUGCAUUCUUAAAUAAAGAUGCCCGCUAAGGCAGGUUUAAUUGUACUGCCAAUCUGUUUUUAUAAGUAAUGAAACUAAAGUUAGGGUUUUCUCAUGUUUUGUGCUCAUCAGAGUACCAUAGCCUCACCCGGUAUUCAAAAUACAGCGAACAUGCGCAUCAUCUUGUUUUCAGAUUACGUCGAACAAUCGCCUCUUCCGGUAUUCAAAUCAUGGUGAACAUGCGCCUCAUCCGGCAUUCAAAUCCCGUCGAACAUAGCCUCAUCUGGUAUUCAAAAUACGGCUAACUUGCGCCAUAUCCGGUAGUCAAAUUAUGGCGAACACAGCCUCAUAUGGUUUUCCAUCCUCACGGCGAACAUAGCUUCUUCAGGUUUUCUAAAAUUCGCUGUGAACAUACAAACUAACAUAUAUUCAAAAUACUUUUAAAUUAGCGUAUUAUGCAUUACAUACCGUUGUAUUCAUAUGGGUUUGAUGUUUUAUCCCUCUCAGUUCAUGGUUUAUGUAAGAAUGUUGACCUGAACAUGAAAUAGAGGAUAUUAUUUUGUACAUUUAUAACGCAUGUAUUGAAUGUGUGAACUGAUGACACUUUUUUUUUUCAAAUGAAACUUGUAUAUGAUAAACUAACGUUAUACGCGAAUUCAAUCAGUGUACAUGCACAUUUCAUCGGCUCAAACUAAAUAUGGUCUACUGUAUUGUAUACUCAGUUUUGGAAACAAUCAUUUACGUCAUCUCAUUGAUUUUACAAAGUUUGUCAAAAUAAAUGCAUGUUCGAUUUUAAAAUAUAUACGCAAGAUAAUAUUUCAUCAAAAUAAAAAUAUAUUUUCUGUUCAUAAUAGUAAGCUAGCGUGUUUUCAAAGAUAUUAUAAUAUUAAUUAUCAGUUAUCAAUAAAUAUACUUUUAGUAAUAUUGUAUAGACUUUGACGUAAAACGAUUACAUUAUUUUUUUUUCUCGUUUUUCUAGUUUUAAAGGACAAUUUUCUAACUGAAUUAUUGAAUUAUUUAUUAUUUCACUGUUUAUCAUUAAAAUUGUUGAGGUUCUUAAAUCAUGUGCAAAAUAAAUGAAACAUUUGAUUAAA